CUUCCUACACGUCCUCUCUAGAAGCUGUUUUCUUACCCUGUGUGAGUGGUUACUGAUUAUAUAGUUUAGUGAGGAUUCUGUGGAGGAGAAGCAAAAAGCAAUCUCUUUGUUUGCUCGCAUUAGAUUUGGGUUCCUUUUAAAGCCAUCGAUCCCCUUAUCACAGCAUAUAUAUACCAAAAAAAAUAAGAAGGUUUGUUUAGUUCUUUGUAGGAGAUAGAGAAGAGAGAGUGCGAUAAUUUUCCGCUUUCGGGAUUGAAGUUUCCAUGAAAUGUUCUUCAUGUCCGAGAGUCUGUUUGCCGAGGGAGAAAAUAUCGAAGAAGGAGAGGGGGAGAAAGAAAGAUAAGAAGAGCAGAAACCCAGAAUCCAGAAGUUUGGAAACGGGAAGAUAAACACCAGAUUCGAUCUAUUUUGGUCCGUUUCUACUGGGCCGCUGAGCAAUGUCUGCAACUAUAGUCAGCGAUCCGGUGGUUAUGUCAAACCCAGAAAUUCAACCAGUGUCUAAUAAUACCAUACUAGUUUCUGCACAAACAGAAGUUGAAUUUGCAAUCUGUGAUUGCUGUGGACUGACAGAAGAAUGCACACCUGCUUACAUAGAACGAAUCAGAGAGAGAUACUAUGGGAAGUGGGUUUGUGGGUUGUGUGCAGAAGCUGUAAAAGAUGAGAUCUUGAGGUCUAAAAGGCUUAUCAGUACAGAAGAAGCCAUGGCAAAGCACAUGAACUUCUGCAAAAAGUUUAACACUUCAGGGCCUCCUCCUAAUCCAACAGUGCAUUUGAUCUCAGCCAUGAGACAGAUUCUUAGGAGGAGUUUGGAUUCUCCGAGGGCGUUAAGGUUAAGAUCCACACCGAGUAGUCCAACUAAGAUGUCUGACACAGAAAUUCAUGGCGCUCCUGGUCUUACCAGGUCUGAAAGUUGCAUGCCUAGUCUGUCUGCUUCAUGAAGGCUUCUAUGCUGAAAGAUGAAUCUUCUGUGCUAUUCAUCUCUCAAGUGUUGUCUUUAUCUUUCUAGAAACGGCACUCUCACUUCCUAGAAACUGAGGGGAUCCAGAUCUGUAUAUGGGAUGGGGGAAAACAAGAACAGGACGCGACAAGAAUGGGAAAUUGAACAUGAACUUGUACUUGAUUGGCUUAAAAUGGAUGAUGAGGGAAAUAAGAAUGAACUCAAUUAAAAUUUUAGGCUUCAAAGUAGAUGUUCAAUUGUAGUCAUCUAGUAUAGUAACUUUAAGUCAGUUGUCAUCAGAAGUUUCAUAUUUCCUAAGAAAAUUUUGCUUCACUCCUAA